UGAGGAUCACGACUCGGAUAUUUCUAGCUGUCAUAAAUAUUAUGUGUAGCUGACUGAGAUAUGCUGAUCACAUAAUUUUUGUUUUUUAAUCACAAAAGUUACCAUUCUUCCAUGUAUCCAAAACGGUCUGGCCAAGAUGGCCCUGUUUCCGGGCAGGUGCACACAAGUGAUAGGAUCAAGUCAAGGCCAAACAUUUAUGGCCGACCAUUCAUGUCUUACAACUUAAAUCUUAGGCGCACCAGGAAAAGCAAGAUGAAGACAAGGACAGCAGCUUCACAGAUUGCCAAGAUGUUGCGUCUAGUGAAUCGGAAAGGACAAGAUUUGAAUACUAAUUCUGGCUCUGCCAACCUUAGGCGUUCAACUAGGAAGAGAAGGCUUACAGACAGCUCUGGAGCUGAGGAUGAAGACUUAAUGAGACCUGCAUAUCAACCAUUGAGAAACCGGAUUAGCAUUAGUGUCAGCCAGGAUGAUUUGAUGUCUACUAAACGCAAAAGAGCAAUGGAGAAACCUACACCUCGGCGUGAAGGUCUACGACCACGUCGCUCAAAGGCUGGCGCAAGAGAACGAUUAAUUUUAGAAUCAGAUGAUGAGCAAGAGCUUUCAGAAGAGAAGGUUGAACAAGAUGAAACAGAAAAUGAAAAUGAUGUUGAGGAAAAUGAUGCAGAUGAUGAUCAAAAUGAGAUUGAGGUGGACGCUGAGGGUGAGGAUGAAGGCGAGGACGAAGGUGAUGAAGAUGAUGAUGAUGAAGAAGGUGAAGAAGAGCAGGAUGGAAGAAGGCGCUAUGAUCUUCGAAAUCGUUCAGAUGUCCGCAGGUUCUCUAUGGAGGAAGGGAAGGCCCGGCAAAGAUCUCCUCGAAGAGUGUUACAUCAAGGUAUGGGAACUAAAGUCAGCAGGGAUGUAAGGAAGGGUGGUUCACGUGUUCAUAAGCGUCAUCGCAUAACAAGGCCUGAAGAUUCUUAUGACUCCCUUCUUGUGAAUGAGCUGGACCAAGGCCCUGCUAUUCCAUGGGGGCGAGGUGGCAGCAACAGGAUUGAUGCUAUUGAUGGAGCCUUGCGACGUCCUGGUAGAUUUGAUCGUGAAUUUAACUUUCCCUUGCCUGGUUGUGAGGCACGUGCUGAAAUAUUAGACAUUCAUACUCAUAGGGGAGCUAUUGUGCACUCUAGGCCAUUGUCUCUCGUAGUUCAACCAUGUCUUCAGAGACAUCUAGAGAAAGCCAUGAGUAUUAUAUCUGAUAUUUUCCCUCCAGUUUCUGUUGCAUCAGAAUUGACCAAACUUUCGAUGCUUUCUUAUGGGUCUGCAAUUCCACUUGUGUAUCGGCCUAGGCUUCUACUUUGUGGUGGUGAAGGUACAGGGCUGGAUCAUCUUGGCCCUGCGGUUUUACAUGAACUGAAAAAAUAUCCUGUACAUUCAUUAGGACUUCCAUCUCUUCUGUCAUAUCCGAGUGCAAAGACACCGGAAGAAGCAUUGGUACAUAUAUUUGGUGAAGCUAGAAGAACAACUCCAUCCAUUCUCUAUUUACCACAGUUUGAUGUUUGGUGGAAAACUGCUCAUGAACAACUCAGAGCUGUUCUCCUGACUUUGCUAGAAGAAUUGCCAUUUGACUUACCUAUCUUACUACUCGGGACAUCCUCAGUUGCACUUGCUGAAGUAGAGGAAGUCCCUCCUUCAGUUUUCCCUCAUCGCUCAGUUUAUCAAGUGAGCAUGCCAUCUACGAAAGAUAGGAAUUUGUUUUUC